AUAGGAUUAGAGAAUCAGUAAAGAGGCUGAAUCCCUAACUCAUGCCGUUGAUCUUCUCGCACACUGAGACAUAGAAAGCACGAUAGCGCUGUCCUUAUCUUUAUUUCAACCAGGAAGCAUUUUUUAGAGGGCAGUAUUCAGCCUGAUGGAGAUCUUAUGGAAUACUCUCGUCAUUGCUUCUCACUGACUGAUCUGAACUUUGCUCAAAACUUUUGCUUUUAGUUUGUUCGUCUUCCAAGGAGCUUCCAUAAUGGAGUCCGUGAAGCCCAGGUUAAAAGUGCUGAAAAAGCGUCGCUCCAGUCUUUUUGCAACGAUAAAACGUGAGAUGAGUUUUUCUCAGAGCAUUGAAGAACAGGAGGGUGAAUUCCCUUUUUCACAGGACAGCUCUGUGAAAGCGUGGACAUCCAUGGACAACCUUGAUAAACCUGAAGAACAAAAGAAGGCAAAGAAAACUCUGAGCAAAGACCUUCCAAACCCAAGACAAUCGAACAUUGUCAACCUGAACAUUGGUGGAAAGGUAUUUCAUAUCCCAAAGCAUCUGGUCCUCAAACACCCAAAAACAAGGAUUGGAGUCCUUGCCCUCUGUAAUGAUCCCGUCAAGCGCCUGACGCUCUGUGAUGAUUACAACGUUCAGAACAAUGAGUUCUUUUUUGACAGGGAUCCCAUGUUUUUCCACUACAUCUUCCACUUUUACUGCAGUAAUGUCCUAUGGGCGAUGGACAGUCUCUGCCCGGUAAACUUUGAAGAAGAGUUGUCGUUCUGGGGGCUGAAACUGAAGGACACUCCAAGGUGCUGCCGAAUACUGUUUGAGGAGAAAAUCGAUGACAUCAGAGAUCAGCUGAAGGUCAACCAGGAGCUGAUCGACGAGAUUAAGCCUCACCAAGAUGAUGAGGGAUAUAAGAACAUGUUUCUUGGAGGGCUUCGAAAGAUUCUCUGGGACUUGAUGGAGAAUCCUUACUCUUCCCUGUCAGCCAAAGCCUUUGCUGUGUUUUCAAGUCUCUUUGUGCUUAUAUCUAUCGUUGCCAUGACAAUGAACACAGUAAAAGAACUCAGGGAUUACAAACUAGCUGGCAGAACCUACAUGGAGUGGAUAGAGAUUAGUUCCAUCCUUUUCUUUACUAUGGAGUACUUUCUGCGGUUACUCACCACAUCCAACAUCAAACAUUUUGUGAAGAGUGCCCUGAACUUUGUGGAUGUGGUGGCUGUUAUGCCCUACUUUGUUCAGCUCAUUUUUGAGGCAUUUGUUUUAGAUUCAGAAGACAUCAGCUCAAAAGAAGAUCUGAAGACUAUGACAAGAGUCAGCAAAGUCAGCAAAGUUCUCAAGGUGGUCAAGUUGAUGCGCAUCUUCCGUAUCUUGAAGCUUGCUCGUCACUCCACAGGCAUGAGGGCAUUUGGUUUCACCAUCAGACAGUGCUCUGAGCAGGUGUGUUGCCUGUUCCUGUUUAUUGCCAUGGGCAUCUUCACCUUCUCUGCUCUGAUGCACUCUGUUGAGGUGGAUCAGCCUGGAACCCCUUUCAGCAGCAUACCAGAUGCUUGGUGGUGGGCUGCGGUGAGCAUCUCUACUGUUGGCUAUGGAGAUGUUGUCCCCAUCUCCUAUCUUGGCCGCUGUGUUGCAUUUGGCUGCAUCUCUUUUGGCAUUAUCCUCAACGGCAUGCCCAUCUCCAUCCUGUUCAACAAGUUUUCAGACUACUACGCCAAACUCAAGGAACAGGAGUACAAUGUUUCAAACACUGAGCGUUCCUUCCAGCUUAGAAAGCGUUUUAGACGCAAGUUUGAGAACUGCUUCGAACCUCCGUUGGAGGAGUCUGAUGAUGAGAUUCACUAUCGGCCCAGCUGGAGGGAAACUAUCCACGAGAACGAGGAUUGAGUGAAGCUGCCAACUUGCAAUCUUUCUUACCCCAAAUGGCCUUAUCACCCAUGGGUCUACAGAGUGUAAGACCUGAUCUGCCUCCAAUUCUGAAUGUAUGUGAUGUAAGACAAACAAGCAAAGGGGGGAAAUUGAGGCAGCAGCAAGUUGAGAUAAGCUAUAAGCCUCAGCUUUACAGGAGGUAUGGCUUGCACACUAUGGAUGAUGACUCCUUAGUCAAAUGGACCAUUCGCUUCCACUGGACUGCUUGUUUUCUGUUUCCAUAUAACUCUGACUGAAAUGAAGUAGAUUUUUGACACAAGGAGGACCAGUAGUUUUAUUAUUUCAAAGGGAGGAUGAUGCUUUUGAGUCAUUGUUUUCAUUGGAAGUGCUAUUAAAGAACUAUCUCGGACAACUACUUGUCCGACAACGACGUGGUCGCACAAAAGAUGUCUUCUGAAUAACUGUUCUUCUGUACCAGCACGUUUUAAACAUCAUAAAGAUCAGCUGUUAACCUCUAAGGAAAUACAAGUAAUAGAAAUUUAAAUAUCUCACAUUUGUAUGCAAUUGAAAACAUCAUCAGUGCUAACUUGUCUUGCUGUCAGCAAAGUGAUAUUAUCGUCAAAAACUCACUCCAGUCUCUCAGCAUGCUCUUGACUACACCGAAGUAGGAGAGACGCUGCACGGAUGUGUCAGUGGAGAUCAAGCCUGUGAGUGUAAUUUUGCUGCCGAGGAUUACAAGGACUUGCGCUUGCGCAUCCCGCCUGGGACAAGGGCAGGAGUCAAUCAUGUCCGGUGCUAUUUUGGUGGCACAGGGAAUCAGGAUUGCACAAUCAGCUUAUUUAUAUUCUUACAAACUACUUAUAUGGAUAUUUAAACAAUUUGUUACCAAUUUUCUGGUAAAUCCUCAUAAGAAAAUUAAGGAAAGACCAUUGUUAUGUCUUUCAAGGUCAACAGUGCUUAUAAUAGCCAUCAGACACGUCUGUAUUUAGCACCAUCCCUGCAGGUAGUGAGAUGAUCUCGAUGUUCUUGGCCCGUAGAUGUCAGGAUCAAGCACUUCCUGCACUGUCCUUGGACUGCGCCACUGCAUUUAGCUCUUUCUCUAAGACCAUUAAACCAAUUCCUGUUCUGAUUAACAACUCUCCAAAGACUGCACAGUUAUGAUAUAUGUAUAUUCUAUAUUCUCCUCCCAUACUAACUAGCGUAUAUAAAUGAACAACUGUAACUUAAUGCACGUGAUGAGAAGUGCAUUGUUAAAUAAGUGCAAAAAAUGUGACAAAGAAAGAAAAUAUCUUGAAAUGUAUCUAAUUUACCAACAUUUAUUAUUUCACUCAUUAAAAAUAAUAAUCUAUUUCACAGUGGCUGUAAAUAAAUAUUUUUGUGUGUAUAUCCUUUAAGAUGUUUUUUGUGUAUAAUGUGUAUAAAACUAAACUUUAAAAAGCAACAAGCUGGAAACCAUGUAAAACCCAUUUGUUAUGUAUAUGAACAUAUGGAUUUGUUCUAAAUUCCAUUUGAGUUUCUUGCUAAAUUAAAAAUAUGUGUUUCAUAGCACUCAGUAUUGAAAAAUACAAAAGGCUUAAUGUCUAUAUCUAUUAACAGACACUUGGGUCACUUUUUUUCAGAGGGGACGCUGCUGCCUGUCUAAUAGCAUUACAGGAUAAGGUGAUGGGAGAGAUGCCAGAGUGGUUUAAUGGUGUCGUCAGCAUCAAUUAAACCUCAAGAGGACGGAGAGAAUCUUGCUUAGUUGUGUUCAGCCAGGUCUGAAUGGACAGGAAUAGAAGAAGGACAUCAGGAAAAGACAGACAGACAGGCAGACAGACAUUUCAAAUAAAAUGUUGGGAAGCAGAUACAACUUCAUCAACUUGAUUCAUAUUUUACAUCUUUCCCUUAGU